GCGGUAUAGAGCGGCGCGCAGAGCGACGGACACGCACUCGCACACGCUUACGCGCGCACCAGAGCGACCGGGAUGCACACAACAUGCUGCGUCUGCGAGCUGUGACAACCCGCUGCGCGUGAGGAAGCUAAAGACACCCGCAGACGCCGGAAGCUCGCUCGUCCAGGUCGAGGCACGAACGCGCGCGCGGGGCAGCCGUGUAUUACCGCAGACAUCCAGCCGUGCACGAACCUCUUCCGUUUGGCUUGCAGGGUCCAGGACACAAAACACACACCGGGCGGCGUUGACGGCCCUUCUGCUUGAGAGUGCACCCCAUCCCGCGUCUCCGCGCACCCGUUUGCCACCUCCUUCAGGAUGGCGUUAACGAUCUGCACGAGGUUCACCGACGAAUAUCAGCUGUUCGAGGAGCUGGGGAAGGGCGCUUUCUCUGUGGUCCGGAGGUGUGUGAAGAUCUCAAAUGGACAGGAAUUUGCGGCCAAAAUCAUCAACACCAAGAAGCUCUCCGCCAGAGAUCAUCAAAAGCUGGAGCGAGAGGCGAGGAUUUGUCGUUUACUGAAGCACCCCAACAUCGUACGACUCCAUGAAAGCAUAUCAGAAGAGGGUUUCCACUAUCUGGUGUUUGAUCUGGUGACAGGAGGAGAGCUGUUUGAAGACAUUGUAGCCAGGGAGUACUACAGUGAGGCUGAUGCAAGCCACUGCAUACAGCAGAUCCUGGAGAGUGUCCACCACUGCCACGUGAAUGGGAUCGUCCACAGGGAUCUGAAGCCUGAGAACCUUCUAUUGGCCAGUAAGCUGAAGGGGGCGGCGGUCAAGUUGGCUGACUUUGGGCUGGCUAUCGAGGUGCAGGGGGACCAGCAGGCAUGGUUUGGUUUCGCCGGCACCCCGGGCUACUUGUCUCCAGAGGUCCUGAGGAAAGACCCGUAUGGGAAGCCAGUUGACAUGUGGGCCUGUGGUGUGAUUUUAUACAUCCUGCUGGUGGGCUACCCUCCCUUCUGGGAUGAGGACCAGCACCGCCUCUACCAACAGAUCAAGGCUGGGGCCUAUGAUUUCCCGUCCCCCGAGUGGGACACUGUAACUCCUGAGGCCAAAGAUCUGAUCAACAAGAUGCUGACCAUCAACCCCAGUAAACGCAUCACCGCCACCGAGGCCCUCAAACAUCCCUGGAUCUGCCAACGGUCCACUGUAGCCUCCAUGAUGCACAGGCAGGAGACGGUGGAGUGCCUGAAGAAAUUCAACGCCAGGAGGAAACUCAAGGGAGCCAUUUUGACCACUUUGCUGGUCACAAGAAACUUCUCAGCAGCCAAGAGUUUGCUCAACAAGAAGGCGGACGGCGUGAAGGUCAACAACAAAGCCAACACAGUGACCAGUCCCAAAGAAACUGGCCCUGCCCCUGCGCUGGAACCACAGACAACUGUGAUCCACAACCCUGUAGAUGGAAAUAAGGAGUCCAUUGAGAGCGCCAACACCACCAUUGAGGACGAGGACGUAAAAGCCCGUCGUCUGGGCAGCUUAGUGAGCGGUAUCUUGAGCUCUAAGAGCCGUUCCUCACAGAUGUCUGACUCGAGACUGACUCCCACCUCCUCAGUUCAGACUCGUAAACAGGAGAUCAUCAAAGUCACCGAGCAGCUGAUCGAGUCCAUCAACAACGGAGACUUUGAUUCCUACGCGAAGAUUUGUGACCCUGGUCUAACUUCCUUUGAGCCCGAGGCCCUGGGCAACCUGGUGGAAGGACACGACUUCCAUCGUUUUUACUUUGAGAACGCCCUGUCCAAAGGGAACAAGCCGGUGCACACCAUCCUCUUGAAUCCACAUGUGCACCUCAUUGGGGAAAACGCCGCGUGUAUUGCCUACAUUCGACUGACCCAGUACAUGGAUACCAGCGGCAUGCCGCGCACCAUGCAGUCCGAGGAGACCCGCGUGUGGCACCGUCGCGACGGCAAGUGGCAGAACAUCCACUUCCACCGUUCGGGCUCGCCCAGCAUCCCCUCCCAUUAACGAAAUAUCGACAUGUGGUCAAAAAAAAAAAAUCUCUAGUAGGGCAGCCAACUAGCCAACCCCCGUGACUGCCCCCCGACCUUUGACCCUUCUAUAGGGACGUGACGUUGCAGGAUACAAGUAUUAAUACAUUUUACUGUCAUUUUAUUAAUGGACAUCAUUCGAAACCCACCACCGGGUGGCUGCACACUGUAUUUGGACAUUAUGAAACGAGCAUAUUGACAUUUUCUUUGUUUGUUUUUUAAGAUGUUUUGGUAUGCAUUUUAAAUAUAAAAUAGAGAUGUUUUAAAAUCUACUACUGUAACCUCUCCCAAAAAUGAGUUCUGUAUUUUUACGUGUAUUUAUGUGUGUGCAAUACGGAAACAUUUGGAAGAUCAGAAUGUUAAAAUUGAGCUUGCUUUAGUUCUGGUGAUGUAUAUAUACAUUGUGAUUGUUGAUAAAAAAACAAACAUCGAAAAUUGCUAUUCUUGCUAUCAGAGGAAAUAAGAGUUUACGUCAAAUCCAGUUUAUGAGCUACAUUUAUGUUUGCUAUGGGCUAAGUCAUACUGUUUGAAUUGUCAGAUUUCAAUCUAUAAUACUAAUUUAAGUGUAAAGAAAAGCAGAGCAGCUUACACUUUGCAUCGAGAUAUGUUUGCCUUUAUAUCAGUGAAAUAAGAAAUAAGAGAAUGUAGCAUAUAUGUAAUAUAUGAAAAUUCAAGACUAUUGUGUAGUGCAUGGGGGAGGGGGAGGGGGGAUAUUGUAAGUAAGAGCAUAUGAAACUAUAAUAUCUUCUGUUUGAUUUGUGAAUCACUGACUUGUUUGUUUGCGUUCGUUAAUGUUGUGCAUCCGUCCCGUCCCAGAUGUUUCUAAUGUCCUCCAGUAUCAUAGAAGUGUGGUCCCAGCGUGAAUAUCAAAAACCUCAUAUCGAAGAGGAGGAAAAAUUAAACUCCCGGUUGCUGAAGCACCCGCUUGCAUUUUGUAUAAAAAUGAGGAGAAGACAAACACAUUUUUCAGAAUGUUUGUACUUGUAUCGUUCGACUGUAUGUAUAGGGGGUUCUGUUAUUUUACUCUUCGUCGUGUUGCUCAGCCAAUUGCACAGAGAAGGCGGAGGUGAUGAAGACGGCUCCAAGGCUCUCUAUUCUCCACCUCCAGGACCAGGAGACCGAAGAACAUGGCAGUCAGAGGAGGAUGGCAGGAAGCAGUGGAAUGAGAGUGGGACUGUGACACAUGCUGGGAUGUCUUCCUGAGGUCCAGUGCUUCUACAGCCGGUGGCCUCCUCCGUCAUCCGUUCCGUUUGCUCUUUCCAAUUGGUCGGUCUCUUCUUUUGUAAGGGGAACAUAUGGUAAACAUUUCUUUUGACGAAACAUAUGAUGUCAAUGCGGUACACCACUCCUUAUAUGGUGUGCACCUGUUGCCGGCACGGCGAUGGAUGGCUUAACAUGUUUAAGAAAUAAAUAAAUCAGCUUAAAGGUGUGAUAACG